GCUUCUGGGAGAAAAUGACAAUCUAAGUACCAGUACAGCAACUUCGUGAACAUGAAAAAGCAGGAACACCACGCACGAUGACCAGAACGGGAUGCCGCCCUGUCACUCCUUUCCCCACGCUCGUCCCAACCGCCAACCAGGCUUCCAGCUAGCCACGAGCUCAGCGGGAAGAAGAUGCGUUCCAUAUAUGUUCAGAUCUAUGAAUCUCGUUACUCACGGUCUUUUCACUCCGGCUUCUGCUUCAUCGCACCCAACACCUCCCUCAGCUAAGUUUAUGGACGAACCGGGAAUCGUUCCGGGCAUAGUGGCAGCAGCGACCAGGGCAACAUGCUUGUUUAGGCAUCUCUCUACAAAAGAUUCUACUUUAGUACGAUUUAGCACGCGAUAUCGUAGUUUUAACCUUCACUCGCAACAAAUGAGCAGUCCAGUCGCCGUUGCCUUGGUCUUUCGUCAUGGGCACUAUGGUGCGCCCACGGGACACGGGGAGAGAACGGCCAUUUGUUUCAUGAUAGAAACAAAUAUACCAAUGAGAAUGCAGCGCUUUCCCCGAAAAUACUAAAUUAGCUGGCAGUGUAUAGCAAGAUUGCACAGUGGCCGUCUAGCUUCGGCAGCUGCUUCCCAGAUCGGCAGAGGAAAAACAAAUGAGCGGUAUAUGCUUCAAUCGCGCUCAAACGUUGGCGUCUGGCACGGC